AUGAAGCGGUCUGGGCUCUACCAUAUGUCCUCUAGUGUAGCCGAGUCGGAAGAAGAGCAGUCUUCCGCACACUCUACACACUCCACCUCUGUUCACGAUAUGGCCUAUUGCCCGCCUCUGGACUCAACAGUCAAACCUUUGUCGACAUUGUCUUCGACGACAAGCAAAGCAGCAGAGGCAGCAGAGUCAGUAAAGGCAGCAUUAAUGUCACCACUUCCAACAGAGUUGCUGUCUCCUCGAGGACAACGUAAACAGCUGCGCUCGAUUCUGGCUGUCGUGCUGGCUCUGGCACAGAAGAUGCACUCCUGUGGCCUUGGGCUUGAUUCGGUACCAAUCACGGAACUAUUAGGCACAGUCAAAGAGCAAAUAGGUGGCGAAAUCUCUGCGGAUCACGUUAUUGGAGCCAUUCGACAAAUGCCUGGUGGUGUCAUGAAGGAGAACUGGAUCGAGAUAGCUAGUGAACUGCUUCCAAAUAUGGUAAGUUAA